AUGUCAGUCUCAGAACACCCAGAGAUUGAUGGAGCCCUUAUGCCAUCCAAUGGUUUGGUUCCGCCGAACGGUUCUAUCUCAGAGGGAUCCUGCCUCCCACAGUUCAGUUUAGUGCGCACAAUGGUGACGAGAACCUGCCCAACCCAGCAUUUCUUCGCUGUCACUACAUCUUGGCUGAGGUUUAUAACGGUCUCACUACUCUUAGGACAUGAACUUGCAAAACCUUUCCCUAAGGUUGUUGCCGCGAGGAGCGAGACGACGAAGAAGGACGUCCAAGAUCAUCUCACAAACCUCGGUCUCAGAGAAGCAACGAUGUACGUCGACGAUGAUGGAGUGCAGUAUUCUCGUGAUAUUGCAAAGAAGAUGACACCCGGAUGGAUGGUCGAGUGGCUCUACGGGAAAUCACCCGAAACUUAA